AUGGGCAUCCAGCCUAAUGGGUCUAAGUCUCGACUGUCAUGGAGACUUGUUGGAGUUGCUGUCAAAAAGGCUUGGACACUGAUGGAUUACACCAUCAUGCAGUUCUCUGGUAUCAAGAAAGCUUAUCGACAGAAAGCCUUGACAUGCCAUCCAGACAAGAACCCAGACAACCCAAAAGCAGCUGAGCUCUUCCACCAGUUGUCUCAGGCCCUCGAGGUGCUAACUGAUGCUGCCGCCAAGGCUGCCUAUGACAAGAUCUGUGCUGCCAAGAAACAAGCAGAAGAAAGACACAGAAAACUAGAUGAUAAGAGAAAGAAAAUAAAGCUUGACUUGGAGGCCAGAGAGCGACAAGCAGAAGCUGAGGGCUACGAGGCAGUGCAAAUCACGAGAACACUAGAAGAAGAGAUCGCCCGUUUGAGGGAGGAGGGAUCCAGACAGCUUGAGGAAGAGCAGAGGCUUGUCAGAGAGCAGAUCCAGAGGGAAAAGGAAGCACAGCAAACGGGAGAAUACACUCAGAGAAACCCAGGAGUGCAGAGAUGUUCCAAGAGCAGUGUGACCCCCAAAUUGAAGUUGAAGUGGAAGUGUAAAAAAGAUGACGAGACAAAUGGAGGCUACUCCCAAGACAUUCUUUUGAGACUUCUACAGAAGUAUGGGGAUGUUUUGAACGUGAUUCUUUCGAGUAAGAAGACGGGAAGCGCUGUGGUCGAGUUUGCAACAAUAAGAGCAGCCGAGCUAGCUGUUAAAAAUGAAAGUGGCCUGAGUGGAAACCCCUUGAAGAUUUCGUGGCUUGAAGGACAGCCUGAGGUUAUUGCUCCAGUAUCCCAACCUGGACAGUUCAUGUCAACACAGGCCGCCCUGACAAAUGAGCGUGACUACGAGAGCGUGGUGAUGAUGAGGAUGAGGCAGGCUGCGGAGCGACAGAAACUCAUAGAACAAAUGCAAAGAGAGGAUGAGGAGGACGAGGGUGCCAGGUCGUAGCACAGCACAACCCAGCCUGGUACCAGCCUGCUAUGAAAUGACCUGUUUCAUUAAGCUGCUCCAUGUGUGUUUUUUUUUUUGUAUGUAUACACUGUGGCAAAAUAAAUAUUUUUUAAUUUC